AUGCUGCGGAAGUCGUUAACAGAAAAGGAAGAUCAGGGCCGAUGAGCUGGGAGAAAACCUGUAGUGGUUCAAGAUUGGGAAAAGGAAAAACCCAGACCCCUGCUAUACAUGGCGUAGGUCUGGGGGUUGCUACUGCUGGUUCUUUAUGCUGGGAGCAGUGAUUGUGACCAACAUUGACAAAAGACGUCUGAAGAAACAAUGGAGGCUGGAGCGUUGUGCUGGCCAAGACAAAGGCAAGUCCUAUUUGUCUUUCUUUUUGGGGGAGUAUCCUUGGCAGGUUCUGGGUCUGGACGAUAUUCGGUAACAGAGGAAACAGAGAGAGGAUCAUUUGUGGUCAAUCUGGCAAAGGAUCUGGGGCUAGGGGACCAGGAGUUGGUUGCAAGGGGAGCCCGGGUGGUCUCUGAUGACAACAAACAACACCUGCUCCUGGAUUCUCAGACUGGAGAUUUGCUCACGAAUGAGAAACUGGACCGGGAGAAGCUGUGUGGCCUCACAGAGCCCUGUAUGCUAUAUUUCCAAAUUUUAAUGGAUAACCCCUUUCAGAUUUACCGAGCUGAGCUGAGGGUCAGGGACAUAAAUGAUCAUUCACCAAUGUUUCGGGACCAAGAGACAGUCUUAAAAAUAUUAGAAAAUACAGCUGAAGGGACAGCAUUUCGACUAGAAAGAGCAGAGGAUGCAGAUGGAGGACUUAACGGUAUCCAAAGUUACACCAUCAACCCAAACUCUUUUUUCCAUAUUAAAAUUAGUGACAGUGAUGAAGGCAUGAUAUAUCCAGAGCUAGUGUUGGAUAAGGCACUGGAUCGGGAGAAGCAGCAUGAGCUCAGUUUAACACUCACGGCACUGGAUGGUGGGUCUCCACCCAGGUCUGGGACCACCACAAUACGAAUUGUGAUCCUGGACAUCAAUGAUAAUGCCCCCCAGUUUUCUCAGACAAUCUAUGAGACCCAGGCCCCAGAGAACAGCCCAGUAGGGUCCCUUAUUGCAAAAGUCUCUGCGGGAGAUGUAGAUUCUGGAGUCAAUGCAGACAUAUCCUAUUCACUUUUUGAUGCUUCUGAAGAUAUACGAACAACCUUUCAAGUCAAUCCUUUUUCUGGAGACAUUGUUCUCACAGCGUUGCUUGACUAUGAGCUAGUAAAGUCUUACAAAAUAAAUAUACAGGCAAUGGAUGGAGGGGGCCUCACUGCAACAUGUACGGUUUUGGUGGAGGUAUUAGAUAUCAAUGACAAUCCCCCUGAACUGAUCAUAUCGUCACUUUCCGACUACGUUGCUGAGAAUUCUCCUGAGACCGUACUGGCUGUUUUUAGAAUUAAAGACAGAGAUUCUGGAGAAAAUGGAAAGAUGCUUUGCUACAUUCGAGAUAAUCUGCCAUUCCUUCUAAAACCCUCUCUGGAAAAUUUUUACAUCCUAAUGACAGAAGGAGGGCUGGACAGAGAGAGCCAGGCCGAGUACAACAUCACCAUCACCGUCACUGACCUGGGGACCCCCAGGCUGAAAACCCAGCACAACCUAACGGUGACGGUGUCCGACGUCAACGACAACGCCCCGGCCUUCAGCCAAACCGCCUACACCCUGCGGGUGCGCGAGAACAACAGCCCCGCCCUGCACAUCGGCAGCGUGAGCGCCACGGACAGAGACUCGGGCGCCAACGCGCAGGUCACCUACUCGCUGCUGCCGCCCCAGGAUCCGCAGCUGCCGCUGGCCUCGCUGGUGUCCAUCAACGCGGACACCGGGCAGCUGUUCGCGCUCAGGUCGCUGGAUUUCGAGGCGCUGCGGGCGUUCGAGUUCCGCGUGGGCGCGGCCGACCGCGGCUCGCCGGCGCUCAGCAGCCAGGCGCUGGUGCGCGUGCUGGUGGUGGACGACAACGACAACGCGCCCUUCGUGCUGUACCCGCUGCAGAACGGCUCGGCGCCCUGCACCGAGCUGGUGCCCAGGGCGGCCGAGGCGGGCUACCUGGUGACCAAGGUGGUGGCGGUGGACGGCGACUCGGGCCAGAACGCCUGGCUGUCGUACCAGCUGCUCAAGGCCACGGAGCCCGGGCUGUUCGGCGUGUGGGCGCACAGCGGCGAGGUGCGCACGGCCAGGCUGCUGAGCGAGCGCGACGCCGUCAAGCACAGGCUGGUGGUGCUGGUCAAGGACAAUGGCGAGCCGCCGCUGUCGGCCAGCGUCACGCUGCACGUGCUGCUGGUGGACGGCUUCUCGCAGCCCUACCUGCCGCUCCCGGACGCGGCGGCGGCCGAGGCCCGCGCCGACCCGCUCACCGUCUACCUGGUGGUGGCCUUGGCGUCGGUGUCGUCGCUCUUCCUGUUCUCGGUGCUGGUGUUCGUGGCGGUGCGGCUGUGCAGGAGGAGCCGGGCCGCGUCGGCGGGCGGCUGCUCGGUGGCCGAGGGCCCGUUUCCGGGCCACCUGGUGGACGUCAGCGGCGCGGGGACCCUGUCCCACAGCUACCAGUACGAGGUGUGUCUGACGGAAGGAUCUGGGACCAAUGAAUUCAAGUUCCUCAAGCCCAUUAUCCCCAAUAUCCAGGCACAGAGCUCUGGGAGGAAUAGUGAAGAAAAGCCCACCUUUCGAAAUAGCUAUGGAUUUAAUUUUCAGUAA